CAUGUGUUUAUGUUCAUUCAUUAGUGUUUUAAACAGCAUAAAAAGGGACCUAAAAACGAGGCCAGAAAUGACAAGCAGCGGACUGUUUCUGCACUUACCACAAACGCAUUUCCUGAGGUGAAGUUGAGGAGAAAUGAGACUGCAACACAAGUGUCGUCCUGGUUCAUUGGCAUCAGUGCCAGCUGAAGAAACUCUCUUCUACAGAACACAAACGGUCACUGAAGGUUAGUCAAGAAGAAACAUUCUAAGAACAAUAAUGCCACAUCCUGUGAAUAUGACAUCUCAGAAUAGGACAUGUCCAAAUCAAGUGCAAGAAAAGGUUUUUGUUGUUGUGUAUUCAGUGGUCUUCAUAUUUGGCCUAAUCCUCAACCUGACAGCACUUGUGGUAUUUUUCCGUAACUCUAAAUCCCGUUCGCACACCACCGUGUACAUGACUAACCUGGCCUUUGCUGAUAUUCUUUUGGUUUGUACACUUCCUGUGCGGAUCUAUUUCCACAGUGUGUUGCCCAAGGAUCGGCCUGAGAAUUUCUGUGAAUUCAGCGGUCUCAUUAUGCUAGGUAACAUGUACAGCAGCAUCUUUUUCCUCACAUGCAUUAGCUUUGACCGUUGCAUAGCAGUCUGCUUCCCGAUGUCUUCUCGUGUCCGUGAGGGGCGGAAGAAAGCAUGGUGCGUGUGUCUGGGAAUCUGGAUCCUAACUAUCUCAACAAGCUUGCCAAUCUAUUUCAUAAAGAAGGAGAAGAAUAACAUUACAUGUUUUGAUGAUUACCCUUCCUAUGCGACUGAAACAGCUCCUCUUGUUUCCACUCUUAUUAUCGGGUUUGGGAUCCCACUAAUCAUUCUGAUCCUCAGCUCAUGGGGGCUCAUAAGGGCUAUAAGCAAAAGCACAGCUGUCCAGACCAGCGACUUAGUAGACAGCGCAAGGAUUAAAAGAAUGAUAAUAACAAACUUGACCAUCUUUCUGUUCUGUUUUCUGCCAUAUCAUAUUAUGCUCUUGAUACUUCAUACCAGUGAACGUGUGUGCCCACUGUUAACGGCCUACAGGUACAGCCUCAUGGUAGCUUGCCUAAAUGCAAUGCUGGACCCUGUGGCAUACUACUUCACAACGGAGACGUUUAAAAAAAAAAUGGAUGUUGGAGCUCUACGCAAAAUACGGCCAACGAACAGUCACAGCUCAGACGGAAACAACCGCUCUCGUGCCCCACUCACAACAUAAGAACGUGGGUCUGCUCAAUUAUUAUGUAGAUCAUAAUAAGUGUUCAUGUAAGCUAUGUCUCUCGUGCGUACACUGACUCAGUUUACAUGAUCGUUCACAUAUAGAUAUCUGCCUCUAUAAGAGCGAAACAUGAUGAGAGAUAAUCGUGUAUGACUCAGUUUUUUUUUUUUUAAAGGAAACCACAAGAAGUCUGAGUUUUCACGUUUCUAGGCUGCAUGCAAGCAAAGGGUGUGCAAAAGUGAGUUUGCUGUGAAGCCUUGGUCUUUAUCAUAUAUGCAUCUCUGAUAAAGUAAAUAAAUGACAAAUUUUUAG